AUGCUUCCGGACAGGAAGAUGUAUGCAUUAUUGAACAGACCCCAAAAUAAGAAUGGGUUUAAGCCACUGCCUGUUGUGAUCAUAGGGAAUGGACCUUCAGGAAUUUGUCUCUCAUAUUUGCUGUCAGGCUACAUCCCUUACUUCAAAAGAGACUCUCUGCAUCCUCAUCCCAUUCUUCAGAGGAAACUGGAAGAGGCACCAGAUGUCUCCAUUUUAGACCAGGAUUUGGAGUAUCUGUCUGAAGGCUUGGAGGGACGAUCCCACAGCCCUGUGGCCCUUCUGUUUGAUACUCUUCAGCGUCCAGACACAGACUUUGGUGGAACAGCAGAAUCUGUCCUCACUUGGUGGCACGAGACUGACAGAGCCGUCCCCCACCUGGUCCUUGGCAGAAAUGCUCCUGGAGGUGCCUGGCAUUCUAUUGAGGGCUCUAUGAUUACCCUGAGCAGAGGGGAAUGGAUGGGACUCCCAGAUCUCCCAUUCAAGGACUGGCUAAAGCAAAAGAGAAGAGGCCUCAGAAACAAUAGAGCCACAGCAGAAGACAUUGCUCAAUAUUACCAACACUAUGUGAUGAAGAAAGGACUGCAGAAGAAUUUCAGAUGUGGUACUGUUGUGACCUCUGUGAGGAAAGUGAGUGCAGAGAGCAUCUCCAACCAUGCACAGAAAGAUCUGCAGGAGAAUAGUGACUCACUCUGGAACCUCAAUGAGAAAAGUACGGAGGUCUUUCAGGUGGAUGGAUUUUUCAAAACUGUGAAAGGUGGUAAAGAGCCCUUCUCUGUCUAUGCAGAGAAUGUGGUCUUAGCUACAGGAACAUACGAUAGUCCUACUUGGCUUGGGGUCAAGGGAGAGAACCUUUCUUAUGUCCAUCACCAGCUGUCUGCCCUAGAGGAAGCAGUGAAGAACAACAGCAUUGGCAUCAUGUCAGAUCCAGUCUUGAUUGUAGGUGCUGGUCUGACAGCUGCUGAUGCGAUUCUCUUUGCUCACCAUUGCAAUAUUCCAGUAAUCCAUGUUUUUCGUAGACGAGUUAGUGAUCCGGGUCUUAUUUUUAACCAGCUCCCUAAAAUGAUGUACCCUGAAUACCACAAAGUCCAUCAGAUGAUGAAAGAACAGUCAGCUGCUUGUGCUGGGCCCUAUGAGUGUUACGUUAGCCUUCCUGAACAUCAUGUGCUAUCCUUCGGCAAGGACAAGAAAUGUAUCUUUCAAGACAAGAAUGGCUACCAGAAAGUUUAUAAAAUUUCCAUGGCUCUUGUUCUAACUGGCUCAAACCCCAACCUUUCCUUUCUGCCAAAUAAUGGCAUUGACUUGGCAAUAGACAGUGACCAACCAGUCAAUCCAAAGAGGAAUCCCAUAGAUGUUGACCCAUUCACCUAUGAAUGCACUCAGGAGAAAGGGCUUUAUGCUCUAGGACCUCUAGCUGGAGAUAACUUUGUACGCUUUGUACAGGGAGGGGCUCUGGCUGUUGCCAGCUCUCUCUUAAAGAAAGCAAACAAAAAUCCCCCCUAACAAAAAAAAAAAAAUCCCUAUGCUAACUGUGUCUGAAUAGGUUACUGCUGUUUUCUUAGAGAAGCAAGUCAUCUGAUUUGUACGUCCUCAAAUGUAAAGCCUGCUCCUGGUAUUUUCCAAGUUUAUGCAGAGAGUUACUAAGUUCUUGCUGAGUUAUUUGAGAAGAUUAAGUCACCAAAUACAGAGUGGGUUUCACACAUGGCAGUACUUUCAAAUCCCUUGGGAUUCAGCUCCUUUCCUGCAUAGCUGUGCAUGAAGGCUGCAGGAGCUUUGAAUCUUGUGCCUGGAAAAGUAGAGGCCAAGAUAGUGAUUGCUCUUCUAUAUAACACCUUCCAGGUUGCUGAAAAUUGAAUUGGGGAAACAAUAAAUGUUAAUUAUUUCCAGACAGCAGGCUGACAACUCUGUGUCUGUCAGUGUCUUACAGUGUUUUUUCAUGAAACAAAAUAAGCUGACAUGGUUUUACUUGCUCCUGUGGCUUGGCUGUAUGUUCUUAUUAGACCAGAAAUCACUGAAAGAU